AUUUCAAAGCUUUCUAAACAAUGGCGCCAAAAAUGAAAAUUCCACCGGUUUCUCUUCCUCCUCCUCCUCCUCCUCCUCCUCCUUCCUUCCCCGUCGGGAAUUGCGAGGUUAUUGUCGAAGCCAAGAAGUUCAUCCCCGAGUCCGCCCAAAAUAGCCUGCAAAUCACCUUCUCCAAGAAUGUCAAAAUCAAAAUCUCAGUGGUGGAAGGGAAGCAGCAACCUAGAAAUGAAAAUGACGAUGUUCCGGCGUUGGGAUCCGAGAAAAUUGGUGAGUACUAUUUUGUAUUGAUGAACCCUAAAGAUUCAGAUGAAGUUACGAAAUCUUUAGUACAGGAAGUGCUGCAUCUUUACUCAAAAGAGCUUCCAGCAAUGAAUUUUGCAUCUAAUACUGGAAAGGAAUCAAUGUUUCUCCAAAGAUGUGUGUCAAAAGGAAAUUAUUGCACUUUAGCUUUGAUACACAAGGCUACUGACGAGAUCAAAGAGGUGGUUUCUGCAAUUAGUUAUCAGAUAGUUCCUUCCGAUACACAUCAUGCUGAAAUUCCACUUGCCUGUGUCAGCUAUAAGUACCAGAAAAAGGGGAUUGGUCGGCUUAUGUACCUUGAACUGAGACAGAGACUUCAAAGAGUUGGCAUUCGCUCAAUUUUCUGCUGGGGAGAUCAAGAGUCUGAAGGUUUUUGGCUAAAACAGGGUUUUACGGUGAUUGGAGAGGUAAACAAAAAGGGUAGAGCACGGCGGCUACCUAUUAAGACUGCCGUUCGCAAGGCUCUCUGCUUUCCAGGGGGUUCUAAGCUCAUGAUUUCUCACCUUAAUGAUAGCUCAUCUACCUGUACUGAGCAAAUAAAGGUUGUCUUUCCUCGGCAGCCUUCUGACAGACAUAUCUCUUCUGAUGGUGAGCUAAAAUUGAAUCCAGAAUGCAUGGAGGAGAAUUCUCAACAUUUAGAGGGAAAAAACCCUGUGGUUAACAGCACUGGGUAUUCAGAAGCUGACAAUUUGGUUACUGAGAGAUUCCUUAUUGAUGGAUCUUACUGUAAUUGCAAUCGAUCUCCAGGCAGCCAAGAUGCUGAUCGUUUAGAACUUCUGGAUCAUAAUGGGGGUGAAAAUUUGAUGUUUGGUAAAAGUGGGGAGGAUAAUUCCAAAAGAUGUUCAUGCUCAACAGAAGGAACUAAAAAAAGGAUAUGGGAAUCCUCGCUCACCUCAUUGAACUCAAAACGAGUAAAGGGUAGCCACAUAAUUGAAUCUCAAUCAGAUAUCAGAAAUUCUCUCUCCCGAGGUGAUGAAAGAAAGUGUUGUUCUAGUUCGAGUUCACUCCUGGAAAACAAAUCAUUGGUGGAUGAAACUUCCUUGAAAGCUGGCUACUUGGAUGAGUACUAUAAAGAAUGUGCAGCAGGAAAUUUCACUUCAGAAAAUCUUGAUGGCUUUAAAGUUCCUUCAACCGAUAUGUGCUUCAGAGUAAUGCUAAUGAACAUUGCUGAUGAUAGGAAGAAAGCAGUUCUUACGAAGAUAAUUGAGGAUCUAGGCGGAACUGUUACCUUUGAUGGAAGCAUGGCUACACAUGUAAUCACCGGGAAAGUGAGAAGAACUUUGAACUUCUGCGUAGCUCUCUGCUCAGGAGCUUGGAUUAUCUCAUCCAUGUGGUUAAAGGAAAGCUUUCGAAAUGGCAGAUUUUUAGAUGAAAUGCCGUUUGUGCUGAAAGAUGAAGAGUACGAGUCCAAAUAUGGAACAGAGCUGAAAGCUGCAGUUGUAAGGUCAAAAGCGAACCCUCGUUCUUUGCUUAAAGGUCAUGACCUAUGUCUUGCAGCACAUAUUCAACCGCCGAAGGCCACACUAACUGCCAUCAUUAAGUCUGCUGGUGGAAAUGUUUUAGGACUGGACAAUGUGAAACAACCAUCAUCCACAAUCUUCAUUGCAUGUGAAAAGGAUAUGGAAGAAGCACUCUUGGCCGUGAAGGAAGGUAUCAAGGCAUUCAGCAGUGACUGGCUAAUGAACUGCAUCCUUAGGCAAGAGCUUGAUCUGGAGGCUUCUCAAUUUGCAGAAUCCUUGUGAUUAUAUUUAUGCAAAUCUUUACGAGUAAACCUUAUUUACAUGAUAAGAUUGGUUUGGAUUACUUCAGGUUUAUAUGAGAUUUCCUUACAUAGUUACAUAUGUAUUUCUCAUUUUCUCUAUACCCAACCAAUCUAUUCUUGUAUGUCUAUAAAUAAAAAUUAUGUUUUCGGCUCUACUUUCUCUCUUGCUUUUGCACCACCGCAGCUCUCUUGUUCCAUUUGCAAUAACAUAUGGCUCCUUCUUUGGAC